AGUGGCUCCUCCUGGGUCCAGCAGGGGGCGCUGUGACUUUUUCACAGCUGCAGUUUGAGCAGCAGCAGAGGAAGUGAAGCAGCAGCGUAAACAUGGCUGACAGUGGAGUGACAGAGGGACCUGACAAGAAAGAGGAAAUUGAUCGUGCAAAGAGCGAAGGCAAAGAGCUGACCAAAGAGGAGAAGCAGCGGCUGAGGAAAGAGAAGAAACAGCAGAAGAAGAACAAAGAGAAAAAAGAUGACAAGGCUUCACAGGAAAGUGAGAAAGAAAAGAAGCCGCUCAGUUCCCCUCCUCCAGCAUCCCAGCCUCCACCACAGUCCACCACACAGAAAGCUCCUUCAGCAGUGCCUGCUCCUGCACCGGUUUCCGUGCCUGCCUCAGAGGCCCCUGUGCCGGCAGAUAAGCCGGCUAAGAGUAAAGCGGAGCUGAAAGCUGAGAGGAGAGCUCGGCAAGAGGCUGAGAGGGCGUCCAAACAGGGCAAGAAGGGAGAGACGGGGCAACAGGCUGCCACGAGCAAACAGAAAGCACCACCUAAUGAGCUGCAGCCAGUGGUGAAGAGGCUCCCAGAACACAUUCAAGUGGACAACCCUGACGUUUUAAAGAAGCUGGCCAAGAAGCUGGAAAGGCAACAGACACCAGGGCAAGUUGCUGAUAAACAGAUCCCUCUCCGCAUGGACUACGGCUACAAAGUCAGCCUGUUUUCUCAUCUCCACCAAUACAGUCGCAAAGCGCCUCUAACGCAGCAAGUCAGCAUUCCUUCCACAGUGAUUCAUCCUGCUGUUGUUCGACUGGGUCUCCAGUAUUCGCAGGGCAUCGUGACAGGAUCUAACGCUCGCUCUGUUGCCCUGCUUCACGCCUUCAAACAGGUAAUAAGGGACUAUACGACACCUCCAAAUGAGGAGCUAUCAAGAGACUUGGUGAACAAGCUGAAACCUUAUAUCAGUUUCUUGAAUCAAUGUCGCCCUCUGUCAGCCAGUAUGGGAAAUGCAAUUAAAUACAUUAAGAAAGAGAUCUCCAAUAUUCCUAGUCAAUGCAAAGAAGAAGAGGCAAAGAGCAAACUGCUGAACUGUAUCGAGUGCUACAUUAAUGAGAAGAUCAUUCUUGCUGCUAAAGCUAUUGCCAAGUCUGCCAUAGAGAAGAUCAGCGAUGGAGACGUCAUCCUAAUCUACGGAUGCUCGUCACUAGUCAACCACAUCCUGUGCGAGGCCUUCGAGAAAAGCAGGAAGUUCCGCGUUAUCGUGGUGGACAGCAGGCCUCGGCUGGAGGGCAGGGAGGCUCUGAGGCGCCUGGUGCAGAAAGGCAUCAGCUGCACUUACGUUCUUAUCUCGGCCGUUUCCUACGUCCUUCCAGAGGUAUCGAAGGUGUUCCUUGGUGCUCACGCCCUGCUGGCCAACGGUUACGUCAUGUCUCGAGUGGGGACAUCACAGAUAGCUCUGGUGGCCAAAGCCUUUAAUGUGCCUGUUCUGGUGUGUUGUGAGACCUACAAGUUCUGCGAAAGGGUGCAGACGGACUCCUUCGUAUCCAAUGAACUUGAUGACCCAGACGACCUUAUCGUGACGCGUAAAGGUAAGACCCACCUGAAGGACUGGCAGGAAGUGCCCUCUCUCGGCCUGCUCAACCUGGUCUAUGACGUGACACCGCCUGAUUUCGUGGAUCUAGUCAUCACAGAUCUGGGUCUGGGAAUGAUCCCGUGCACUUCGGUCCCCGUGGUGCUGCGAGUCAAAAACGUGGACCAGUGAGCAGCCGUCAUCUCACAUCAGCCUGAGCCAAGAGGCUGGAUCUCUGAGUUUGUGUGCAUGAGUGCGAGCACACAACACAAAAUAUCGUGCUUUUAGCAUGCAAUAAAUAUAUCUCUGAAAUGGCAUAUGCUUUUUAAA